UUCUCUAAAUCCAAAUUUACUGCGAAGCUUUUAUUUCUGCGGUACAGCUGACGUCACACCCGUUCCACCCCGUCGACUCAGAGAACACACUGGAAACGGAGCAACCAAAAUCAUGCCGUCCUCUCCCAACAUAAGCGAGUAUCGGAUUGUGCUGCCGAUGACAGUAGAAGAGUAUCAAGUUGGUCAGUUAUGGUCAGUGGCAGAGGCCAGCAAAAAUGAAACAGGAGGAGGAGAGGGAAUUGAAGUCCGAGUCAAUGAACCUUUUGAUGAGAAUAAUUACCCCCCAGAGAGCCCCUUACUGCCACUGACACCUGGUGGAGAACCCUUGACCAAGGGGCAAUACACCCACAAAGUCUACCACUUAGCUAGUCGAGUCCCAGCAUUUAUACGACUUAUAGCACCAAAAGGAUCCCUAGAAAUUCAUGAAAAAGCCUGGAAUGCCUACCCCUACUGCAGAACUAUUGUGUCGAAUCCUGACUACAUGAAGGAUGGAUUUUACAUCAAGAUAGAAACAAUGCAUUGUCCAGAUAGAGGAACUCAGGAAAAUGUACACCAGCUGCCUCCUGAUGAUCUAAAGAUCCGAAAAGUGGAGAAUAUAGACAUAGCUAAUGACCCAGUUAGGUCCGCUGAUUAUAAACCAGAGUGGGAUCCCAAAAAAGUCAAGUCUGAAAAAACUGGACGUGGCCCAUUAGAUGGAAACUGGAAGGAGAGUUGUACACCAGUAAUGUGCUGUUAUAAAUUAGUCUCUGUCAAAUUCAAGUGGUUUGGUUUACAAAACAGAGUGGAAAAAUUCAUUCAAACACAAGAGAAAAGAAUAUUUACGAAUUUCCAUAGACAGGUGUUUUGUUGGUUAGAUAAAUAUCACGGUCUAACAAUGGAUGACAUCCGACGUAUAGAGGAACAAACUAAAAAGGAGCUGGACGAGUCCCGAGCUAGGGGCCAGAUAAGGGGGACAACUGCUGCUGAUGAGAAGGAGUGAUGUCGUCCGGGUCAAUAGUCAUUCCAUUAGCCAUGACAGCACAUACUGGACAGCAUCACCCCCACACAGUACACACCAACAGACCUUACUGAUUCACCCAAUUCUUUGUGAUGAGAUUUUUAUUUGAAAUGAUAUUUGAGAUGUCAUUUUCUAUACGAGACUUAAUUUCAUAGUUUAUUUUCCUAAGACAUACCUGAGGUUGUAGCGUUGUGUGUUUGUCCAUUAUAAAAUGAGGUUUUCUCUCUUUGUAGAGUGCAGAGGGAGAUAACCCCCACAUUCUGUCAUGUGCUCAUUUGUUAAGAUUUUAUUAUUAUUUAUUGUACAUUAGGAUUUGAAUGCACCAGCAUAACAUUGUGUUUUUAUAGGAACUGCUGCCAUAGAUUUACAGGAGAUGAUGACUGUAUGAUAUGUAACCCUUCCUUUUCCUUGUGCUAUGUCUGUCUGAAUUAUGUUCUCAUUACAAAUCCAGGCUCUUAAGAUUUAAUAGUGUUCAGUAACUCUAAUUUCUGUAGCUAUACAAAGAUAAAGGGCUCAGUUUAUAAAGUUGUUUAGCCCCGGCUGGAAUCCUAGGCUAUUUUCAGUGCUUUAUAACCUGAGCUGUUCAGAACACUAUUGAACAUUAAGUGCAAUAAUGGAAUCUAUAUAUGAAUAACUUACUGUGGAGAAAUCCAACUUCAUGUCAUAAACUAAAAUCUGUAUCAGUAAUCAUGCAUUGAGAUUGAAGUAAAAAAUGAAUUUAAAGUCUGGAACAUUACUCAG